AUGCUGGAGAACGCGAAGCAGUACGCAGUGACGGCAAAGUCUGACAUCACGGCCUUUGCGAACAACGCCUGCGCGCAGAUGACCAAGGGAAGGCCGCAGGACCAAUGCUACGAGCUGGCCGACAAGAAAAUCGACGAGUUGGCCAAGUUUGUUGACCAUCAAGUUAUUGAGGCGCUUUGGUGCGCCGAGCUGAACCAUUGU